CCCGGCGGGCGUCGCGCGGCGCGAGGGGCGGAGCCUGGCUGCCCGUUCACCGAGACAUGGCGGCGGCUUCGGAGGCGAGGAGCGCUCCCCUGCCCACCGUCGAGAGGGUGAUGAAAGCUGUUCCCUUACCACCAGUUCGCCGCUUGACCUUGCAGGAUAUUUACUUUGAUGGCAAACCCAGGUUCGAUAUCCUCAAAGCUCAUUUCAUUAAAGAAGGGCGGCUGGAGGAGGAAGCUGCCAUCAAGAUCAUAGAAGAUGGAGCUGCUGUCUUUCGCAAAGAGAGGACUCUGAUUGAGGUGGACGCACCUGUCACAGUUUGUGGUGACAUCCAUGGUCAGUUCUUUGACUUGAUGAAGCUGUUUGAAAUUGGUGGAGCGCCCAGCAGCACACAGUAUUUAUUCCUUGGCGAUUAUGUGGAUCGGGGCUAUUUCAGCGUUGAGUGUGUGCUGCUUCUCUGGGUCCUGAAGAUUCACCAUGCAACCACGUUGUUCCUGCUCCGGGGGAACCAUGAGUGCAGACACCUCACUGAGUACUUCACGUUCAAACAAGAGUGCAGAAUCAAGUACUCAGACCAACUCUACAAUGUCUGCAUGGGUGCGUUUGACUGCCUGCCUCUGGCUGCCCUCGUAAAUCAUCAGUUCCUCUGCUUGCACGGGGGCCUGUCACCGGACAUCCACAGUCUAGAUGACAUUAGGAGAUUAGACAGAUUUAAAGAGCCACCAGCCUUUGGUCCCAUGUGUGAUAUGCUGUGGUCGGACCCAACCGAGGACUAUGGCAGCGAGAAGACUCCAGAUCACUUCAGUCACAACACUGUACGAGGCUGCUCCUACUUCUUUAGUUAUGCCGCAGUUUGUAAAUUUUUGCAACACAACAACUUGUUAUCAGUAAUCCGUGCACACGAGGCUCAGGACGCUGGAUAUCGAAUGUAUAGGAAAAACCAGGCGACUGGCUUCCCAUCAUUAAUAACGAUAUUUUCUGCACCAAAUUAUCUGGAUGUCUAUAAUAACAAAGCUGCUGUAUUGAAAUAUGAAAAUAAUGUGAUGAAUAUUAGGCAGUUUAACUGCUCCCCACACCCCUACUGGCUGCCAAACUUCAUGGAUGUCUUCUCCUGGUCUCUGCCAUUUGUUGGUGAGAAAGUUACAGACAUGUUGGUUAGUAUCCUCAACGUCUGCUCCGAUGACGAGCUCUUGGAUGAGGAUGAUGCAGCUCAACAUGAUCGCAAGGAAGUCAUCAAGAAUAAGAUCCGUGCGAUCGGCAAGAUGGCCAGGGUCUUCGCAGUGCUCAGAGAGGAACAUGAAAAUGUGCUGACGUUGAAAGGCUUGACGCCAUCCGGCAACCUGCCGCUCGGUGCCCUGACAGGAGGGAGACCGAGCCUGGAGCAAGCUUUAACUGAAGCAACCACUACCCCCACUAAGGGAAAAGGUCCUAUCUCGGCUAUCAGCUUUGAACAGGCCAGAGGUUUGGACCGUGUUAAUGAAAGGAUGCCACCACGCAAGGCAACGAAAGAGAAGACUACGGGUCUGGCAACACCCCAGGGUCAUUCGCAGACCGCAAGUCAGUCUUGGAUUCAGUCUCGGAUGCAGAAGCAGGGCAGCCAGUCCUCAGCCAGCCCGCCAAAGUCAGCCCACACAGAUUCUUCUUCCGACCAGGUGUCAGAACGACCUACGACCGUGACCUCCCGCAGACAGCAAGCUCAGGCCACCGAACACAAGACACGUGAUAUGCCACCUCUCAAGUCUGACAAGGGGAAAGGCAAAUGAUAAUUGGCACAUUAACUGCUCACCCCAUCUCACAGGUGCAACAAGGGCCUAUUUAUUUAUUGUAACUGUUUGCAAGAUGGGAGUGUCUUGGAAUGCAAACCACUGACCAGCCCUUUGGUUCCAGCAAUCAACAGCGAAUGAUGCCAAGUUUGUGCGGGACGUCAGAAGAAGACCUCUGUCGGAUUGAAGGUCAUGGAGUGGGAGAUCCAUGGACCUCAUUAAGUUACCGGAAGAUCCUGGGUCAUUACUUACAACUUCCCGAUCGCUAUCUCCAGGGGGUUGGGGGUGAGGAUUGGUUUGGAUGUCAUCUUGAAUGGUUCCUUUGGCCUCCCCACCUACUUUUCAUCCACACCUUCCACAGCGGUACCUUGAUAAUUGCUCUCCUUGGACUAAAUCCUCAGGAUAGAAGAGUUGGUAGUGGCAGGAAUGAAAUCCUCACGUAGUCCCCAUUGCAAACACCCUUUUGGCAAUCCUGUGGUGCCAUUAUCUUCUACCCAUAUGGAGCAAGCAGUGUUUCCUUCACCAAUCCCCACACCUGUGAAUUCACCUGGAUUAAGGAACUUAUUGUCACUCAUGAGCCUGUCCAUUUCUCCAUUACACCGCCACUCUUUCAGUAUUUGAAUACCUCAGCCGUCCUGUUUGUUCACAACCCAAUCACAAGGUUACAUGAUCCCAGGCUGUGAAUCCAUGAGAUUUUUAGCUGAAGUGUUAGAAGCCCAGAGGGUGGACCAGAAGUUCAUGCCAGGCUUUUGUUUCACUCGGAUUUUUAAUGAACAAUAUUUUUUUUAAAUAUACUUGCACGGUCCUCCACUCUUGAUCCUUCAUUACGGAGUGAGUGAAUCCAUCGCCUGUUCACAUGAGAGCACCAGACUCAGGGGACUAUCUGGGAGAAGAAAGAGCAAGUUCUGGUGCUUAAAGGUCUCUGUCAGCAAAGGGAAUUGAAAUACUCAUUGUGCCCUUAUUAUUUCAAGGGUUGGGCUGUGUUGCUUUUUAUUAAUGUAUCUCUGAUAUUAUCAGCUUAUGUUUAGCUUCCCAGCAGAGAGGGGUGGACAUGGCCUCUGGAGGGAGAUGCACCAGUGAACUAGGUUAACAUGUUAGUUUUACAUCUUGCUCUCUCGGUGGUCUGGUUUGAUCUCGAGCUCAUCUGCAAAGGGGGAACGGUUCUCUCAGUCUCCCAUCUGAGCAGUGGCAGCCAGGGAGGUGUGCUGAUUUCACCUGACAGGUGGUUGCUCUUGUGCUCAGUCUGUGCAACUUUACCAGCACUGUUACAGCUGACGAGCAUGUUAGUCAAUGUGGUGGUAUCAGUGUAUUCCUUCAUUGAGGUGACUGUCAGUGAGCUGAUUAAUACCUGUUUAAAGAUCCCAUCCUUGCUGCCUGGCAGUGAAGCGAUGGCCAUCAACUGCUUUCACUUUUGUUGUAUUUAAUUAUGCAAAGUUGCAUCGCGGCAUCCCUUGACUUACGCUGACAAAGCUGCGUUUACAUCGUGCCCAGUCCUGCUGCAGUUCAUCUGACCCAAGACCCAGCAACUAUUCCAAUCAUUGACCUGUUUCUAAACCUGGGUCUGCAUGUUUGCUUGCUGUUGAGAUAAGGAGAUCAUAAAUUGAUACCAACAGAGCUUUGAUCUUUUGUUUUCCCUGUCAUAGCAAAUGCACAAAGACUUCAUUCAAGUGCAGCUCUUGGCCCAGCCUUAGAGUCCCCCCCCCCCCCCCCAAAUAACGACUACUGUUCACUGCCACUACCAAGAUUAAAUUAAUGGCUAAAUUCACUUAAAACAUCUUCCACUUCCACCCUACUCCCUAAAACGAUGUCUAAGAUGGGCUUCAAGGUCUAAUUUAAAGUGCGGGUUUAAACACUCAUAGGGACUGAUCAGUUCAUAAUCUUAGGCUGAAAUUUGGAAUCUCCUCAGGAAUAAUUCACACUGGUGCGGUGGGACCCUUCAGGGAACCUGAACCAAUCUCAAACUCUUGGCUUCCAAUUCAUCAAGAACGUGAUCUAUUUCUGCUGUUUUUUUUAAAAGGAAGAGUUCUACUGUUUGCAGAAUUUUUAAAUGUGCAGCAGUCGUUCUUGGGGUUGAAAUGUCGACUCCCCUCUGGAGAGCAACGCUGCAUAAAUACUGUUGUUUAAAAAGUGUUUCAUUAACUUGUUUUUUUUUUUGUAAGUACUAAAAAUCUGGAACCGUUUCUAAUUUAGCACAGCAAUAAGAUUUUUCUUGUAACAAAAUGUGCAUUAAAAAUAUGUUUGGUUUAA